AUGAAUAUUUUAAAUAAAUUAUCACCACAGUUUAAGGAAUUUCUUUAAGAGGAAGGAAUCGAUGAAGAAAUCUUUUUGUUUGAGUAAACGCUUCGUUAUAUUCGAAUAAAGCCUGAUUAUUAGAUUACGUUUGAAUAACUUUAACAAUAAGUGUCAAAUUAAAUUCUAUCUAUAAAUGAAAUCCCAACAAUAUACUCCCUCCCUGCAGAUGAAAAAAUCAAUAAUCUCUAAUUAUAUAAGGAUGGUAACUUAUAUGGAAUUGAUAAAUCAAGUGCUGCAGUAGUUUAUUCAUUGGACAUUAAUAAAAAUGACAUUAACUUAUUGGAGAUUUGUUGUGCGCCAGGAGCUAAAUUAACCUUUAUAGCAGAUUUAUUGAGACUCUAAACGAAAGAAGAUGGAAUUUAAAGAAAGGUAUUUGGAGUUGACAUCUCAUAAAAUAGAUUAAAUAUUACUCAAUCAAUAGUUAAUAAAUAUAAGUUAGAAAAAUUUGUUGAAUUGAUAUUAGAAGAUGGAACAAAAUAUAAAAGUGAAAUACUGUUUGAUAAAGUUUUGAUUGACGCUGAAUGCACACAUGAGGGUAGUAUAAAACAUUUAAAAAAAUAUAUAAAUAAACCUAUCAAUGAAAAAAACACUAAAAAGCAAUAGAAAAAUAGCAAGGCCUCUAAAAAACAAUUAUAAAAAAAUUACACUAACACCUACACAACUGAACAAACAAAAGCAAAUUAAUGGACUGAAGAAGAUUUUAACAGCAGAUUUUUAGAUUAAAAGAAAUUAUAAUAAAUCUAUGACUUAUAGUUUUCUUUAUUAGAGAAUGGAUAUAGACUUCUGAAAUAAAAUGGAAUGUUAGUUUAUAGCACAUGCUCUUUUUCUUAAAAGCAAAAUGAAGAUUAAAUAAUUAAGUUUUUAGAAUAAAAUGCUGAUGCCAUUUUAGUUAAUCCAUUUCAUGGUAUGAACUAAUAAUAAUGUAAAUCGGGCAAAAUUUUUAAUACAGUUAGAUUCGAUCCAAAGGUAUCAAAUACAGGUGGUAUGUUUAUUGCAAAAAUUUAAAAAUUAUGA